GCCAACUAUCUUCUGCACAAACUUGCUGCGCUCUUCCCGUAAAAUCUAGACAAGAUGAGGGCAACUGAUAUUCGACGAAGCGACAUGCCUGGGCCUAAGGCGUAUAACAUGUGGUGGGGUGACCGAGAGCUUCCCAAGCAGAAGGGCAUAAUCCAGUACAGUAUGUCGCCGGUGAGGCAGCGUGCCUUGGGCCACAUCUUCCGCAACUACCUUUACAACGGCUACCGUCGUCUGUCCGGUCAAUUUGGCUAUUGGAUUAUUCCGAUCGGCUUUGGAUACGGCGUCUACACAUGGGCGAAGCGUUACGACACUUAUAUCAACAGCAAGGCGGCUCACCUUGCUGGACAUGGGGCACACUAGGUGGAUGUAUCUUAUGGUGGCGGUUGCAAUAGACUCGUCUGCGGUAACGAUCAAUAGCCGCCUAAAGGCUUCCUCCUCGGUCCGUAACCUAUACUGAGUAACUAUGACUAGUAGCAGGUGUGUUCCUCGAGUCAUUCCAUAUAAGAGCAAGGGAUUACAGCUUCAUGGCUUUCUCGUGUUGUGCUCGUCUUUUGCCACUCUG